UGUCAGUCGCGGUGGAGACUUUUUCCCGGGGGGGAAGCUUCUUUUCCUUUAUGCAGCAUUUUCGGGUGUGGGGCGAGUACGGAGGGUGGCGGACGUGCCCGUAUAGUGUGCCGUCUGCUGCUCCCAUGCCAUGGCAGACGACGACGAUCACAGCAGUAUCGACCUGAGUUUGAGACUUCGCCGCGGCUCCAGCGACUCGCGAGAUUCUUACUACUUGGAUCUCGACCGGGGCAUUGACUCGGACAUCGAGAUGGACACACCGGGCAAAACGGUUAUAGAAAUGACGCCUGUGUCUGCGAGUAAUCCGGCGGCGGUUGCAGACGCGUCCGAGACUUCUGGAGAGUGCGAAGCCUACCUCGAAGGAGAUUAUCCCGGGAGCAAUGCCAAAGACUGGGACCAGUCGCUGACCCCGCCCGACUCCCCCGAUGGCAACAGCGGAGGUGCAGCUGGAGACGCCGGUGCAGCCGCCGCCGAGACGAUACCGCUGAUGGGCGGUGGCGGCGAACCACAGGCCAUCGUCACGCCCAUUAAGAACAACAACACGGGCGGACCCAUCCCUCGAAGUGCCUCUUUCAACAUUCCCUCCACAAGCAGACACUAUCACGUGGCAAGCGUCGAGCCCAGUGUUGUGGUGCCACCCACGAAGUCGAGCGACGACUCAGGCCUGGGAACAGCCAGCAGUCCUCACAACAGGAAGCCCGCUCUGACCCUAGAGAUCCCCAGGAGGCCGCCGUCAAGAGCCAGUUCUUACGGAGGCUCUCUCUGCAGUUUGCCCACCUCGGGAAAGAUGUACAGCACACGUAGAGUGCAUGGCGAUCUCGACUCCCUGGUAAUAAUGCUAAGCGCCUUGUACGCAAAGCUCCUGGUCAUUAUGGGAAUCUGCUUUCCCCUAGCAGAAGUCAUAUCCAAGAAGAUACCGGUCUCUUUCUACGAGGGCUUCUACUUGUACCUGUACUUCGGCAGUAUUGCUUUCCUGCUCUACGUUUACGUCUUUCUGUUAAAGCAUGAGAAGGUCAAUUCGAAACUGGAACACUUCAAAGAUGGCUUCGGCUCGAAGCUACGCAAAUUGGUGGGCAUGAGUGCCUCGAAGAACAACAGCAUGGAUAUCCCAUCGGCCCACAAGAAAAGGGUGCAGGAUGCAACCACGCAUGCUGGGAGUUUUUACCUCAGAUUAGGAGCAGUGGCAUUCGGUACGGGCAGCAUGAUUUAUUCGGGACUGGAGUUCGGGCAGUUCUUCGAGAUGGAGUCAGACUCCCACUGCUACAACAUCCUGUCCAGCCUCACGCCGGGCACCAGAAUGGCUUUCACCUUCUUUCAACUGUACUUCAUCUUCAUCAACUCUAGAGUGGCCAUCAACAAAUUCACGACGCUCGCAAGGUUCGGCUUGAUGCACAUGAUCUCUGCCAACAUCUGUGUCUGGUUACACGUCCUCAUCCAGGAGACAAAGCAUCAGAUCCUGGAACUCAUCAACAGGAACGAGACACAAAUGCUCUCCUUUGCUAUGAACGGGCCGGACAUGCACGCAGACCCAGAAGACCACGUCAACCCAUCCCACUACGAAACGCGCUCCAGGGAUCAUCACCGCAUCGAGCGCUCCCUGGACAUGAUGGAACACCACCCUGGCAAGCACAACUGCCGUCGAGCCAACAUCAUGGGCGAACUUGUACAGAACGCCAGCCCAUUCCUCUUCCCCUGCACCAUCGAGUACAGCCUCAUCUGCGCCGGCAUACUUUACAUCAUGUGGAAGAACGUGGGGUCCACCAAACGGGCCCCUACCCCGGACACCAGCCUCCAGCUCCACGCGCCGCGUCAGCGCCACUACUAUCAGGUUGACUGCGCCAAGGCCAACAAGGGACUCUUCACCGGCAUCCUGGUCCUCGUGUUGGUUAUCAUCAGUCUUAUCUUGUUCUUCGUGCUGAUUAACAAGCCGCAAUAUAGAAACCUUGCAGUGAUGGAAGCCCACAUAGCGGAACUGGCCGUUUACCUUCUGGCUUCGUUUGCCACGACUAUAGCUCUGUUUCAAGUCCGCGAGCUGCGGUACAACAGGCAUAGAAACACGGACUUGGACAGCAUCCUCUUGAUUGUUGCGCAGAGUGGACUCUACUUGUAUACCAUGUUCAGCAUCAUCGGUGGACACUUCACGCUGGACCAGAACACGAUGCUCGCCCUUCUCACGGCGCUGGCGUGCCUGAUCCAGGGGUCGCUGCAGAGCAUCUUUGUCCUGGACGCUUCCAGGAGGUACGUCAGCAACAGUGAUCAGGCCGAACGGAAACCAGGGCGAGAAAUGGUGACCUUCCUGAUCGUCUGCAACUUUUCCAUGUGGGCUAUAAACACCUUAGAGACGAGGCGCGCGGAUUCCAACCCGGUCCAGAUGAAUUUUUACGGUUUCUGGGCUUGGACAAUCAUCACGCACGUGACGGCGCCCUUGACCAUUUUCUUCAGGUUUCAUUCGACCGUUUGUUUGUGUGAUAUUUGGAAAAGAGCGUAUAAGGUUAAAUCGGAUUUUCUGUGAACUGUCUGCGGACAAGGAUGUUUGAUGGCAGCUCGGUCCUGCUGGAGACAAAAAAAAGAAAAAAAGUCUGUUCAACCAAGACAAGCUUUCGAAAUGGUACGCUAUUCGUAAUUGGAGUCAGACAUUAUCCAGGACUGACAACGAAGAAUGCAUUCUCGAGUACCUGUUCGUAUUCCCGUGCUGAAUACUUCGCACGAAUACUGCGAUACUUCGUGUCUUAGUACUUUGUCUAUGGCUACUAAGCAACUAUAUUCCUUAGCAUUCUUGAUAUAUUCCACCGGAAGUACAAAUGACGUCGGCGAAACUGUCUAUGCGGUUGUCUCAAUGUGCGUUGUUGAUACGGUUACACUAUAGAGCGUGUGUUUCACGGAUGUGUUCAUGUAACGUGUCAGUUGCAAGACUAUGUGCCAUGCGCUACAGAGUGGCGCCUAUAUACUCGUCUUUUAAUUUCAUUAGCCACAGGCUCUGUGCCUUGAACGAAAUGCUAUCCUCCGUCACCGCUCACCGUGUUUGAGAAUUCUCCCAGUUAUAGCGCAGCUUUCGAUAUUUCGACGAUAAUAACAGCCCAAGUACGUCACACAUGCAGCUCUUUUUUUCGUGUACAUAUAAAAUACCACUUUGAAGUAUUGUGUUAUAUGCAGGUGUUGAUACGUAUAGUCCGGUCGCGUGUGUGUGCCAAUAACCGCAUAGUGUUACAGGAGGCGUUCGAGAUGUGUUUGCUGUUUGUAUCGGUAUCGAGCCUACGUUUUAUAUCUGUUUGUUAACGAGGCCUUAUCUAACAGGCCUUGCAAUUUAUGCGUUAUUAUACGUUCCCUCCAUCAGAUCACCUGAAUACUUAGAACUUGGAGCCAUCCAGAAGUCAGGGUUCCAUUCGGAGCCAGGGUUGUGUUUUGGUUGUAGCUAUACGGUUUUCCUCAAACGAAAAAAAAAAAAAAAUUGCGUAAUUUGGGCACUUCCUACGCGUCGCUGUUUGCGCGAGAACAACACGCUUUUACUAUAAUGUGCUCGAAACGGGGCCAGUAAUAAAAGAAUAAAUGAGAAAUAAAACCUGCAAUAUCUUUAUGUUGUCUGUAAAUAUGUAGCGCUGCCGCACAACGAUAUCGUGUUUAUAUAUGUUUAUACGGAUGCAUUUUUCAACGAAUGAUAUUGUUCGUCGUUAUAUGUUUCAUCAUUCAUGGUUUCAUCGUGAAACAUAGGUUGUGCUUGUACUUUGUCUUCUUUAUUCAUCGUCGGCUUACAUAAGUGCCAUUAUGAGAUACCGUCAUGUGCCAAUUAUACAUGUUCGAUGUAUUUCUUCCGUAAGAAUAAAAGUGAUAGCGACAUUGAGAAACAUAAAAAUGCUUAAGACA